AUGAAGUACUUCCAGUAUCCCAUCUCCAAGACUAUCGGUUACAGCAACUGCGUUGCUAAGGACUGUGGGGCAAUGCCAUGUGCCGCCGCCGCCGCCGCCACCACAUCCCUCAAGCCCAUCCGGAAUGUCCACUUCCCAAACGACAUAGUCUUCCAGGACUACGUGCGCACAGGGGAACUGGAGCGCAUCGGCCGCUUCAUCCGGACCAGGAGAGUGAGCCUGGAGACCAUAUACCACUCAGGCAUGGCAGCCAUUCACGAGGCCGUGCUGUCUGGCAACUUGGCCUGCGUCAAGCUCCUGGUGGAGCACGGUGCAGACAUCCAGCAGCAGGACGAAGAAGGCUGGAGCCCUCUGCACAUGGCCUGCAGUGAUGGAUUCCCAGACAUCGCAAGGUACCUGCUCCUUUUGGGCGCCCACGUGAACGUCGAGAACCAAGACGGAGACAAGCCCGCCGACCUCAUCGACCCCGACUGCAAGGAGCUAGCGGAGCUGUUCGGGGUGGGCGGGGACUGAGCUCCCACAGAGACAUGAAGCUCAACUGCAUCUGCUCGCGCCUAUUCUUCGUUGCCAUGGUGACGUAAUGCAAUAUGCAAGUUCUGUGGGUCCGUUUUUUUCCGCCACAAGAGAAGGUCUUCAGGCACACCUAUAGUAGGGUGUUGUUGAGGAGGCGGCCGCGAAUUGAUGGGUGGCUUACUGUAGGGACUGUGGCCGUUUAAUGCUGCAAGGGGCUCUACCCAUGGUCGCUGUGUACACUUUUCUUUGGCUCAGUGGUUAGAAAGUGUUGAAGCUCUUGUUGUCAGCCUUACUAGUAAAAACUAUGGCAUAAUGCUUCCUUUUAACACCUUUUUUUUUUACAGUACAUGUGAUUUUUAGAAAGGUGCUCCUAUUGUUGUGGUUGCAACACAGCUUCCUUUUAAAUGUUCACAUGCAAUUUGUUGUGUGAAUGUUUACACAUUUUGUGUUUAGUUUGAUAGUUUUUCAGCUGCAAUAUCUUACAGUUACACUUUUGAUGUACAUGAUUUGCAAUGUAAUACAUUUGUAUUGUUUACUGUCUUAACGACAUUUUUUUUAUACUUUUUUCAAUAAAGUUUCCUUUAAUGACAUACACAAUCAACUUUGCAUCUUUAUUUCUGCAAGUCAAAAUCAUUGUUAAAUUGAUGUAUUAUUUCACUCCAUUAAAAUAGCACUUCUGGUAGUGUUUCCAUAUAGCUCUUAAAAUGUUGUUU